AGUGUGGAGGUUUAAAGUGAAAUAUGGCGGCAUUUCGAAGUCUGUAAUUCUAAAAACAUAACCUCUCUAAAUAGUAACAGAGUUAAAUAUAUUUUGUUCGUAUUUUAUAUAAGAAAAAACAUUACUAAUUAAACAUGCCUAUAGAUCAUAAACGAAUUAAUGGUCCAGAAGUGUCUGUACCAUAUACUACGUAUAUUAAUGCUAAAUGUGAAGAAAAAUAUGCAAAAAAUUUCAUAUUUAAAAGGAAGGAUGGUCGUGCACAUAACGAACGAAGGGAAAUAUUUUUAAAAACUGGGAUAAUUAGUCAAGCAAAAGGUUCUGCAUAUAUUGAAAUGGGUGAUACUAAAGUUGUAUGUUCAGUCUUUGAUCCCAGAGAAAUUCAUAAUAAAAAUGAUUACUCUACACAUGGUGAAUUGUUUUGUGAAUUCAAAUUUGCUCCAUUCUCUUGUGAAAAAAGAAAAAUGCAUCAACAAGAUACAAAGGAGAAAGAAUAUAGUUUGAUUUUGAAAAGAGCUUUGGAACCAGCAGUUUGUUUACAUGAGUUUCCUAACUUCCAAGUAGAUGUCUAUACUACAGUUUUGGAUAAUAAUGGUUCAUCCUUAGCAGCCGCAAUAACUGUAGCUAGUUUAGCACUAGCUAAUGCAGGCGUUCCUAUGUUUGGUCUUGUUACUGCAUCUACUGUGGCUAUCUAUGAUGAUAUACUGUGUCUCGAUCCAACGUGUGGUGAAGAAUUAAAUUGUAAUAAUAACACAUUACCUUGUGAAAAUCGUGGCAUUAUAGUACAAGCAUCUCUUCCACAGCUUGAACAAAUUUCAGAAUUUUUCUUAGUAGGAAAUUUAAGUAUGGAACAUAUUACUAAUGCUAUAGAAGUCAUAAAACAAGCUAAUAAAGAUAUAUGUCCACUAUUACAACAAUGCCUAGUUAAAUCAGUUUUUAAAGUAUUCAAAGAAACAGAGCAUAAGAAAAAAGAAAUUAAAUAAAAUAU